GUUAUAUAUAUUUUUUUUCACAUUGGAUGAUUUAUCAUUUACCCUAUAUGGAGGGUCAAACCACCUCAUACAAACAACUAACUACUUAAGCUAUCAUUUAAAAAAUAAAAAUAAAAAUACCUCUUAAGCUUUCAAUGACAAACAAGCCAAAAUAUAUAUAGUUCAAUUAAAGUAAUAAAUUUAUAAUGACCCGGGGCAUCGCCCGGGCCAAUAACUAGUUAAUUUAAAAAGCAUGUCGAAAUCACGCAUCAUUGGUGUAAGUAAUAUUCAUCUUAUCUUAAUUUUUCACUUAUGGUUAUCUUAUCCAACACCUUUAGGACGUUCGUUAGCUUUUGUCAAAUAAAAAUAGGCAUCAUAAUAUAGGGCAAGUGGAGUAUAAUAUAUAAGAUUGACUCGUUAAGAUACCAAUGCACUUAUGCACAUACAUCCCCAUAAGAAUUGUACUAGUAUUUGCCUAGAAAUCUAAAAUGAAGGGAGCUCACAUAUAUAUUCAUAUACAUCCAUAACAUGACAUAAGAUGAUUUGAAACCACCCACAUUAAAAGCAUAACACUUUUCUAUUCAAGUUGCAAGUGUUGAACACCAACUCCAAUGCCUCUUUUAUUAUAUCCUCCCGUGGAGCCCGGCGGGCCUUAAGCAAGCAAGCACCACCUACUCCACCAUUUCCUCUACUUAAUUACUACUCCUCUUUCUUUUCACACUCUUUUUCUCUCAUUUUUUUUUAAGUUUCAACUACCUUAUUUAAUAUUUAUAAUUCCAUAUAUUAAAAAAAUACAAACAUAAACUUUAAUAACCCUCCUAAAAUUCACCACUUAUUUCCUACACUUACUCCCACGUCUUACAUAACAAUAUUUUCCUAGUACAUUUAUUUUUUCAUUCAUCUCAUGAGUUAGUUCAUGUCAAUACCAAUCCCUUCCAUCCCACACCAAUCUCCUCCCACCUCUAUCACAACCACUUCUAGCGUCGGCCUCGGCUAUGGCAUUGCGAUCGCGGUUAGCAUCCUCGUCCUCAUCUCCACCAUCAUGCUCGCCUCCUAUGCUUGCGUCCGUAUCAAGUCAUCCGGUAGCACCCGACACCGUCCCACAAUUGAAAGCGACGACGACAAUAUAAACAGUGCCGGUACCCGGGAUAGGCAGCCCAGGCCUAUAGUAACCGGGCUGCCUGGCCCGGUUAUGUUAAAAGUGGGCCGAGAUAUGCAGCCCAAAAAGGGAGUGUCAUACCCGGAAGUGGUGUUGGGUGAGAGCAAGAGGCUCCCUAAGCCCAAUAACGGCCCAUGUUCUAUUUGCUUGUCUGAAUAUAAGCCCAAACAAACUGUAAGAUGUAUGCCUGAUUGUAAUCAUUGUUUUCAUGUUGGUUGUAUUGAUCAAUGGCUUAAGAUGAGCCCUACUUGUCCCCUUUGCCGGAACUCGCACUCAGUGGGUCCCACGCCUAGUGGGACCCCCUUGUCCGAGCUAGUUCCGCUAGCAUUUCAUCCUAGAUAACGGAUGAUCAAUGAUAUAGGUAUUCUUUUUGGGGAUUGCACGGUAAAAUUAUGUGGUAUAAA